UUUAAGUUUUCUUCAUCUCAUAAAGAGAUGUGUAGACACAAAAUAUUUUCAGAUUUUUAAGCUUUCUUCUUCUAUCUGUGGAGGGGACCAGAGAAUCAAUCAAUAUACACAUAUAUUGGUUCGGUUCCACUUUUCUUGAUAAUAGAAUAGCUUUGGUUUCUCAAUUUGAGUUGAUUCUGGUUUUUGUAAAUCAACUAUCAUGAUCAGUUCCCAAGAAGAAUGGAUACUUAUACUUCUAUCGUCGUGAUCCUAUGCAUCGCUUUAUUUGCAAUCAAUCUAAUUUUUGCUUGUUUCACUUGCUUCUCCAUUCUUCAUAGCUUCAUGACAGAGACAACAAACCAGGAUUUUAGUGAUCUCAGGAAGAAUCUUAUUGAACCGGAAGAAGCUAAACCAGAUGAUGAGAAGGUAAUGAUCAUUGCAGUCUCAAGUAACCAAGGAUUCUCUGGCUCUAUGGAUUGUGAUGAUUGUGGCCAAGAUUGCUCCCAUGAUAUUUGUGCUUGUUGAACAAAGGUUGGAUUCUAUUUUCACUACACACUUUCUCCUCAUGUUUUGCAUUUUUCUUCUUUGAUCAUUCCUACUUGUAAAUGGUGAAAACUGUGGGUUGAGAGUAUUACAUCUUAUGCAUCAGAAUCCAGAAGUGCUUUUUUUUUCAUCUUGUAUCACGAGAAAUAGUAAUCUGAACAUGUAUUAUACUAUUUUAUGUAUAAUGUAUCACCAUGUUUUAAUAUAGUUUGAACAUAUGUAUUAUACUAUACAUCAAACUCUAAUGAAUUUUUCCUUACUUCAA